AUGGCUACGUUCCGCGCAGUAUGGGGUCUUGGUCCGGAAAACGUCUUCAAAGUUCUUUCUUACUGUGAAAAUCUUACCACACUGAAUCUCACGUUUCCUGAUAGAGGUUACAACCCUCCUCCCGCGCAUGAAGUGCUCAACUUGAGUCGCAACCUGACCUUAUUAUUUUCUGAUCUCAAGCAUCUGCAACAUCUCAAGAUGCAAGGAUCUCGCUACUCAUCAAUAUUCGCAGAUUAUCUUAUUGAACCCAUUUCUCAUCUUACUAUUCUUGAAUCACUCGAGCUCGCGGAAGUUUCAUAUAAACAUGAUGCAAUGGUUGACGAGCUCAACAUCUGUCUUUCUAAAAUGAAAAACCUCAAACAACUUGUGCUUAGGGAGCUUUGGACCAUGGACGGCUCUUGGACCUGUACUGCAGGACCCCCUCAAUUGGUCGAUCUCAAGCUCAUCGGCUGCGACCAUCUCUUGUUAUUUGAAGUACCUCAUCUCAUCAAUUCGUGGGCGCCUCAUCUGACGCAUCUAGAGCUCAGAUUUGAUGUAAAUCUUCAAGUCUUACCAUGGGACGACGAGGAAUUCGACCCAGAUCAGUGCCAAGUUUGCCUCCCAGAUUUGACACAUUUGACCAUAUGGCCUCAUUGUGAAUGUCACUAUUUCCGUUGCUUUGCAGAGUGCAAAAAGUUGCAACAUUUCACAUUUCAUCAAUCAUACGGAGUAGACAUUUUAGAUCAACUAGCAGACUUUUCAGCCUUCAUUACGACUACUCAAUUUCCCCAACUCAAAGUAAUAGACAUUCCUGUACUUCAGUACUACCUUCCAUUUGAUAUAAGUGUGACUUCUGCACUAGUUCCAUUACAGACUUUUUGCAACACUCAAGGGAUUGAACUGAAAGUUUUUCCGGAGGGUGCAGUGUCGUGAAAUGAUGUUUUUUCUGUCUCAAGAUCAAUGUUAGUAUCAUUUCCAAUGGAAAUGUAGUAUUAAUUUGGCUAAAGAGGUAAAUGUGUGUUGAAGCAACUCAAUAUGGACCAAUUACAAAAAUAGCUUAGACAAACACUGUACCCCAGGUAAACCAUUUUUGAAAUGUUUCACCUGCUCAAAUGAAUAUC